AUGCCGAAAUCAAUCUCUACAUCAGCACCUCCAUACAUCAUCACCAUCCGGAACUCUCUACACCCCAUUUCCUUGUCGAGAGGAUCAAUAUCUCCUGUUAGAUCACGCCAAUACUUCGUCUCCUCGCCCGUACACCCCUUGGCUCACCCACGUCAUGGUAUCCUGAAUGAAUCCUGGCCGGCACCUGUGUCACCAACGCUUUUUUCGCAAACGGGGUUUCGACCGUCGGCGUCAGAUGAGCUGAACGGGAAACUCAAUAAUGACCAUAAAUUGCCAGAUGGGCGGGUUUUGAAACUAGGAAGAACUCUCCGAACUCUUUCUCCUCUACUACCAACCCUCCUAAUCAAUCCGCUACCUCCAAAAAUUCUAUCCCCCAACGUCACCCUUCAUCUCUUUCCAUCGACACACCCGCAUCUCCCCACCGUGAGAGGAAGGACCCUUUAUCGUGCCGCCCUGUGGACCGUACCGGUGGCAUGGAGCAGCUUACCCUUGGUAGGAAAUGUCAAACUACAGAUACUUAGCGAGCGCAUUGUCCGCGCAGGAACAGUGUUAGACCAGGAACAAGAUAAUAACAAUGACUACGGUGAUGAACGGCUAGUGGUACGGUGGAAGACGGAACCCCGGCGCGAGGAUCGCCAUUCCGAGACGUUAGCUGCCACCAGACCCACGACAGAUAAAGAUCACGCUGCGUCGCAGAGAAAUAGCCAUGUUUCGUCAUCGAAGAACGGAGUUAACAAAGGGUUGAGUGUGCUGCUAGGUGGUGACGCUCCGAUCUUUCCGCUAUCCAAGGAGGAACAAUUCACCGGACUUUUCAUCUUCUCAUUUGAUGAAGAGGGCCGCAUUACGUCGCAUACGAUUGAACAUGCUGAUAACGCGACUGGCUGGGAACGAACAGCUAAGUUCGUAACAUUGACCGACUGGUUGAUCGGGAAAGCGAGAGGAUCCUUGGGGCCUGCCCCAGGGCCUGAUCUGGCGAUGCAAGGCUGCCAGGGAUAUCACUGCCAUCCAAGGGACAAAUAUAGCUCACGCCGGCGAUCAUAG